AUGGAUCCGCAAUCCGACUUUCAGACUACCCAAGACGCCAUCUCCGCCGCCCUCGUCGCGACCACACGCGCCUCGACCCGCAUCGCCGCCGAGGACUUGGAGUUCCAGCGCUCGCUGGACCCGAAGAACGCGAGAGUACUAGACAAGCAGAAUGCGCGGCUUCUGGGCCUGGCAGGGCGCCUGCUUAAGGGCAGUGCGGGGGGUGCAGAGGGUGUGAGUAGUCUCCUCUCGGAUAAUGUCGACGAUUUGAAAGAAGGGGAGGGUGCAGGAUGGAGAGGCGUGGUUGAUAGGAUUGAUAGUUUGCUGGAGAGGGCGGAUUCCCGACUCGAUGAGUUCACGGGGGCUGUGAAGAAGGGCGUGGAGGAGACGGUUGUGCCGUCAAAGCAGAAGACCGCAAAGACGGCGAAAGCUUUCUUCUCGCAGACGAAAAAUCUCCCCAAAUCGCAAUUGCUGUUCGAGCACGUACCGAGGAACGAUGAGACGGGCGGCUUCAGGCCUUUGAUGACCCAGAAGCCGCACGCGAAGCUUUCGUUGAAAGAGAGCUUGAAGGAGUUUACGGAUGGUAGAGGGAACAAGCAAUUCCCGCAUCCCUAUCAAUCCGAGAUUGAGAGUUAUACCUACCCGAGCUCUCUAUACGAAAGGGCGGAGCCAAUCAUGUAUCAUCCUUUCGAAAGCACCACUGCGACGCUCGUGGAUACCCCAGAGACAUUGGCAUCUAUGCUCGCGGAGCUAAAGACGGCUAAAGAGAUUGCCAUUGACUUGGAGCACCAUGACAACAGGUCCUACAUUGGUAUCGUGUCUUUGAUGCAGAUCAGUACGAGAGACAAAGACUGGAUUGUCGACACCCUGGUACCUUGGAGGAGGAAGCUCGAGUGCCUCAACGAGGUUUUCGCCGAUCCAGGCAUUCUGAAGGUUCUUCAUGGUGCUUUCAUGGACAUUAUUUGGCUACAACGAGAUCUUGGUCUCUACGUUGUAGGACUGUUUGACACUCAUCAUGCUGCCAGAGCCUUGGGGUACACUGGAGGCAGUUUAGCUUUCUUAUUGUUGAAGUUCAUAAACUUCAGCGCGAACAAGCAGUAUCAAAUGGCCGAUUGGCGAGUUAGGCCCUUACCUGCGGAACUGUUUGAUUAUGCACGAUCCGACACCCACUACCUUCUCUAUAUCUUUGAUAACAUGCGAAACGAGCUUAUUGAAAAGUCAAAUUUCUCCGAUCCAGAAUUCGACCUCAUUGCUCGAGUUCUGGAAAAAUCACGGGAAACAGCCCUCCAACGCUACGAGCACCCUAUCUACGAUGAAAAGACUGGACAGGGAUCAAGUGGAUGGCACAAGAUCCUCCGCAAUACCCCCGCAAACUUUUCCAAAGAGCAGUUCGCAGUAUUCAAAGCGGCGCACAAGUGGCGCGAUGACGUUGCACGACAGGAGGAUGAAAGUGUACACUUCGUCUUGGCGAAUCACGCCUUGUUGAGCGUUGCGCGAGCUAUGCCUACUGAGCAGGCCGCUUUAUUGGGAAGCGCGUCGCCCAUCUCGCCUAUACUGCGGAUGCGAGCUGAAGAGCUGGUUGCAAGAAUUAUCGAUGCAAAAAUGAAUGCUGAAGAUGGCCCGGACAUGGCAACGGUCCUCACAGAACUAGAAGAAAAGCACCAAGCGAAGAGACUGGCAUAUCUGCAGGCUGAAGUCCAAAGCCAGUCACAAACGCAACCUCAAUCGGCUCCGACUCCCGCAGUAAAAUCGGCUCAGCCCACACCCGCACCAACGAUGCCUACGAGCGGCAAGCUCCGUACAAGCUUCUCUCAGUUCUGGGGUCCGGCAGUCGGGAGCACGUUUUGGGACCAGCGACGGUCAUUCUCCACCGGAGAAAUCCGCCUUGCCUUGCCACUCCCGCCGCUCUCAGCCGAGAUCUUUGCUGAUGCAAAAGAUGUGGAUAGUCCACAAGCAAAGAUUGAUCCGGGAGCGCGAGCUGAGCAUCCAUUUGUGAGCAAGAAAGACAGGAAAGCCCAAGAGGAUGUAGAUGAUGUCUUCGUCGUCAAGCAGCUCGGAGGUGGCAGGAAGCGGAAGAACCGAGAACUCGAGGAGCCUAUGACUGAAGCCUUGUCCCCAGCAAUAGGCGAAGCUGGUGAAGAGCUUAAUGGACAAGACGAUGAGGUAGUUUUGGAUGAUCCGGCCAUCUUGGACGAAAAGGCUCGAAAGAAGGCGGAAAAGAAGGCCUUGCGGAAAGCGGAGAAAGUUGCAAAGAAAGCAGCACAGAAAGCGGCGGCAAACGGUGGUGCCGAUGCGAUGCAUGUUGAUGAUCCCCCGGUCGGCGAAGACGGGGAGGUGAAGGCCUUCGAUUACGCCGCGCAGCCGAGCGUGAUCAAGGGGCCGAGCAAGGAAGAGAGGAAGAAAAACAGGAAAGAGAAGAAGAAAGAAAAGGCAGUCAAUCCAUUUGCGAAGGCAAAUGAUGCGCCAAGGGGAAUGGGCAGGACACAGAGGGAGACGGUGGGACGGAGCAAGACGUUCAAGGGCUGAGCGAGAAGACUUGAUGCCGAGCGUGGUAUUUCACUUCUACCCGUCGGCUUUUCGUCCUGAUCAUGCAUGAGAACGGCGUCCUGGCGGUCUUUUCGGGUUUAAGAGUAGUCUUGCUCGCGCAUAGGCGAGGCAUCGAUGGGGUUAUUGACAUGGGCUUGCAUGCUUUACGAGAUGCACUGGUAGGAUUCGAAAAGUUCCUCCACAGAUCAAGGCUGAUGGCAAUGGUAUUAUAUUGCCGACCUUUAUUGUAGUUCCCCUUCUGCUGAUCUUGCGUUUGUGACUUUACCUUCAUGGAUUUAUUGUCGGCUUCACCACUUUCCGGACGCCUUUGCAAUACUCUCGGAGCGUUUUAUGUGGAACAACUUCACCGUCGAAUGCUCGUAAUAAUAUAU